AUGACUCUCUCCCCAGUGGACGUGACUCUGGACCCAGACACGGCUCAUCCCAACCUCGUCCUGUCUGAGGAUCGGAAAUGUGUACAACACAGAGACACCCAACAGCAUGUGCCCGACACCCCGGAGAGAUUUGAUCCUUGUCCCUGUGUCCUGGGCUCGGAGGGGUUCACGGGCGGGAGGCGCUACUGGGAGGUGGGGGUGGGAGACAAGACAGAGUGGUACGUGGGCGUGUGCAGGGAGUCUGUGCGCAGGAAGGGGGAUGUCACACUGUCACCUGGCCGUGGACACUGGGUCGUGUGGCUGGAAGAUGGAGGACACAAGCCCUGCACCUCCCCCUGGACCCCCCUCCGCGUGCACGUGCGGCCCAGGCGGGUGGGGGUUUUCCUGGACUACGAGGGGGGCGAGGUCUCAUUUUACAACGUGACCGACAGGUCCCAUCUCUUCACUUUCACUGACACCUUCUCCGGGACCCUGCGCCCUUUCUUCAGUCCUGGUCUCAAUGCUGGGGGCACCAACGCGGCUCCCCUGACCCUGUGCUCAGUCCCAGCCCAGCCCUGAGGGAAUCUCGGUCCCUGCCAUGACCCGCGGGGGG